AUGUUCCUUUUGCGUCGAGCAAGUCCAAGACUUGUAUCAAGACCAGUUGUUAGAGCCAUGUCAUCGUCUUCACAGUCAAGUUCUGCUGUGCGUUUCGAAUAUUCUGCGGGCGAGGAUGAAGAACAACUUGGCCGCAAUGCGACUGCUCUCACCACGCAAGGCGGAGGCAAAUGGAAGGUUACAAACGACAACAGAGGGCUUGAGAGAACCUUUCGAUUCAAGACCUUCAAAGCUACCUGGGAAUUCAUGAACACGGUAGCGGCAGAGUGCAAAGUGCAAAAGCACCAUCCAGAAUGGACCAAUGUCUUUGACAAAACUCAUAUUCGCUGGACCACACAUAAGCCCCUUGGCUUGUCCUCCAAGGAUGUCACAAUGGCUAGGUUCUGUGAUGAAGCAGGAACUCGGCAUGGAGAGCUGCCUAAUGUGCCAGAAGACGAUGGCUGUGGAUGUGGUGACUUUCAGCCUUGA